GAGAGAGAGAUAUAUAUAUAUAUAGAGAGAGAGAGAGAGAGAUAUGUAGAGAGAGACGCAUACAGCUAGAGAAUGCUUACUACAGUAUAACUCGGAUAAGUCGAACACAGAGGACUCGAAAUCACGCAUACGUCGAACUGUGCCUGCGAUCCCGUUUUUUCUUCUUCUUUAUUAUCUUUGUAAGAUAUCCCUCGAACUACGCAUCCCUGGAAAACUACCGAGGCAGGUCCCGACCAAUUCGAGGUAUCUGUGCUAUACUCUAUGUGUUUUUUCGUCAAGCCUUUACCUCGCAGCCCAACUCUAGGACUCUCGUGACAUCAUGUGGACGGAAGUCAGUUCACCCCGACGGCCGAUUUGCGGGGCGAGCGGCGGGUGUCUCUCACUAGUGAGGAGUAUGCUGCUGCUGCUGCUGCUGUCGUUGUUGUUACAGUUGAGCUUUCUUCCCGGUGGUCACGCAGGCCAAGCGGGGCAGACGGAGACGUGUGAGUACGACCUUGACCUCACCCACAACACCGUGAAGAUAAUCUGUCAGGGGUCACCGGGCAAGGUCAACGUGUACGCGGAGACGGCCACCCUUCAGGCUGAUGAGGUCACCAGCCCAAUCGGGGGACAGGUGGGAGAGUACAAAAAACCCGGGAACUCAGGAAGUCAGGCAAAGGGAACUACGGGCUCACGCCAAGACGACCCCGGAAGCAGAACUCGGACUUCCGGCGGCGGCAGCAGAGAGCCUUCUCGCGCGGGCAAGCCGGAGAAACCCGGCCAACAGGACUCGGUACCGAAUACCCGGCCGAUUCCCGGGCGGCAGGGCGUUCCGACAGCGGUGUACCACACGCCGUUCGCUGAGUACGUGUGGAACGCCACUCGCAAGCUGGACAAGGCGAAGCGUCAGCUGUCCACCUACACCGACUCCAUUCGGAACACAACCACGAGGCUGGCGGUGGGAGACCUCAAGCUGAGGGACGAUAUGAAGAACUUGAAGGAGACCAGUAACUCGGCCACAG